AUGCCACAGCUACGCACAGUACAAGCGCAUGCCUCGUCCUUGCACGCUGAAACAGCGACUCCACCUCACUUGUCAAGCCAGCAACGGAGGACAGCGAUCUGCGGCACAGAUGUGCACAUCUAUGAUUGGAAUGACUGGGCGAUGCGAACCAUCCCAACUCCCAUGGUGGUUGGGCACGAGUAUAUUGGAAUAAUCAAGGAACUUGGCUCAGAAGUCACGGGCCUCAAGGUUGGCAGCCGCGUGACAGGAGAAGGCCACAUCACAUGCGGCGUGUGUCGAAAUUGUCGAGCAGGCAGACGACAUCUGUGUAGAGACACAGUGGGUGUUGGUGUGAAUCGACCUGGAGCUUUCGCAGAGUACCUGUGCCUUCCGGCCUACAACGUCUUCCAGCUUAGUCAGGGCGUGUCCGACGACGUGGCGAGCUUCAUGGAUGCUCUUGGCAAUGCCACACACACUGCUUUAAGCUUUGAUUUGGUAGGUGAGGAUGUGCUUAUCACAGGAGCUGGUCCCAUCGGUGUCAUGGCCGCUGCAAUUUGCCGCCAUGUCGGUGCUCGCCAUGUUGUCGUCACCGAUAUUAACGAAUAUCGGUUGGAUCUCGCCAGGCAGUGUGGAGCAACGAGAGCUGUCAACGUUGGCCAGGGUGAUCCGACUGAGAGAAUCAGGGAAGUUAUGCGUGAGCUCAAGAUGACGGAAGGCUUCGACAUUGGCCUGGAGAUGUCAGGAGUCCCUAGCGCUGUACACUCUAUGUUGGAUACUCUGAAUAUUGGUGCUCGCGUGGGGUUGCUGGGAAUACCUUCAAAGCCAUUUCACAUCAACUGGGACCACGUGAUCUUCAAGGGGCUGGAGAUCAAAGGAAUCUAUGGCAGAGAAAUGUUUGAAACAUGGUACAAGAUGCAAAGCAUGUUGGUUGGUGGACUUCAGGAGAAAGUGGCACCUGUCAUUACGCACAGGUUCUCGGUCGAUCAGUACCAAGACGGUUUCGAUGCCAUGCUGUCUGGACAAGCAGGCAAGGUCGUCCUAAGUUGGGACUGA